AUGCACAACAUCGACGAGGAAUAUGACCGGUUCGUUGAGCACCUUCUGGACUGCACGAGGAAGACUGAGAGUUUUAAAACCACCAAGAAGCGCCUGUCUCUUGAAACUCUUGAGCUGAUACGCCAGCGUGGAGCUGCAGGUAAGCAAGAACUCACGAUUGAAAAAGUCUUGGAUGAUGGACAGCCAUGCGAGCAAGCAAGGUUUCGAAAAGGAUUCAGCACAAUUGACCACAUUCACACUGCUUCGAAACUCAUCGAGAUAUCACGAGAGUACAAGGUGCCGCCAUGUCUCACUUUCAUCGACUUGAACAAGGCCUUCGAGCCAGUUGCGACGAAAGUGGUCAUGGAAGCCCUGGACAGCCAAAGCGUCCCUACUCAACAUAUAAAGUUACUUCGAGAUGCCACUCUCGAGAACGCGAUGCGAGGAUUGGAAUGGGAUGACAUGGGAGUGAAGAUUGAUGCUGAAUCUCCAAAAGAUGCUGUUCAUGCGUUACUGAUGUGUCUCGGAUGCGACAUUAACGCUGAACGGAACGAACAUAUCCGAAUGCACUGGCUACGUUUAUCUGGGUCGGGAACUGAACAUGAUGAAAGACCUGACCCCCGAGCUGGGCAGGAGGAGAAGAGCGGAAAACCGUCGACCCGAUGGUCAGAUUUCUUCACGAAGUCCUUCAAAGAAAAUUAUGAUGCUCUUCGUGUCUCACGCGAAAGGAGGAACCACUGGGCGCCUUUGGCAUACGGUCGGGACAAAUGGAAGAAUUACUGGCGCCUGCUCGACCAGUUCGAAGAUGAGUGGGAGUCAAGACAAGUGUAUCUGAAAAAAGAACUAGAUGGGAAGAAGGCAGAGUUAGAAGAUCUUCUCACUGAAGGGAAACGUCUAUCGGAUCAUUCGGGGAAACAAGCACGUGAAAUAAGGCGCCUAAGAAGCGAACUUGUGGAGUUAGAAAAAGUCAAGGCGGAGCGAAAACGUCUUAAGGACGAAAAACUUCGUGCUGAGGAAACUAUUGAAUUACAAAAGGAGGAAAUAUCUUCUCUUAAAUGUAUGAUAGAGCAAUUUGAGUCGAGUGUUGAGCAAAUGGUAAAGGAGCAGUCGCAGCGUGCAACUACUACAGAGGUUGCUCAAAAGCAUGUGCUGGAGCAGAGUAAGCUUGUGGCUGAUUUGGAGCGCCAAAUUGAUGAAGCGCGACGACAGAUAAAUCAUCUCACUGACUUCAACAAAAAGCUUACCAAAGAAACGGAGAUGAUGCAGUCUGCGAAUUGGUCUCAGAGACUUGCUGGUGAACGAGCAAUUGAAACAGCAGCCACGGUCAACGCUGAACUACAGGAAGCUCGUGCGCACAUAGAACGACUAAAUUCACAAUUAAGAAGUACCGAAAAUCGGCUUGAUGUUGUUCUUAAUGAAAGGAACAACGUUGCUGAAUCUUUUUCUCAAGCAAACAUGCCGUUGAUUGAGGAAAUUAAUGGUCUGAAACAAGCACUCCAUCGUGAACAACGUGCUAGUGAAGAAGCUGAUGUGAAAUUUCGCGCCAACAAGAAAGAGCUUGAUAUUGUUCGCGAGGAGCUCAGAAAACUUAGAGAGAAGAAUGACUCGUUGGUUACUCACCACCUUCAGGAGCUGACAAUAGUCAAUCAGAAAGUGCAACAUCUCGAACAAGAACUAGCGGGUGUGCUGAAGAACAAUGAAUCUUCGUUAUCCGAGUUGAGGUCAGCGAGAGUAGCUGACGCAAGAUCUCUGGACGAGUUGCGCGAGGAGAAUUCUGUGCUCACUAAUGAAUGCAAAACUGUUCGGAGCAGCCUAAAGGAACUAAUGGACGAAAACGAAUCGCUGAAAUCGUCCCUUGCUGAAGCACGCCAACAGGCUGUGUGCGCUAAUUCUGUUGAGACUUCUUCCCGGAAUCAACCUCUCAUGCAUGUCAAUAAUUCAGAAAACGAUUCCUUCAAAGGGUUCCCUCUAAAUAACUCUCAGAUUGCACUAUUUUCAUUUGCAGCACUUCCUAACGUACAUGAAAUGUCUUUGAGAAAGACUAGUUUCUUAGAGCAGGAAGCCAUUCGUUGUGUUCAGUUGGAGGAACAAGUGCGGCAGUUGGAAAAGACGCUACAGGUUCUAACCGCUCAAUACGACGAUUUGCUGGAGGUAGACGGGGAAAGGUUAGAACGAAUAGAAGAACUUGAGCAUGAUGUAAUUGAUUUGCGGCAGCUUAUGAAAGAACAGCUUCUCGCCUUUGCUGAUGCGAAAUUGAAAGAAAGUACGGAGACGACAAAAUCAUGA